AACUUCAUCAAUUAUUCAAAUAUGGCUUCAUCAGCAGCUCAUGCAUCAAAAUUUGCUCGUUUUUUAAAUUCCGAAACUGGUCCAAAGACUGUUCAUUUUUGGGCUCCAGUGUUUAAAUGGUCCUUGGUUAUAGCUGGUAUUUCUGAUAUUCAAAGACCAGUUGAGAAGUUAAGUGGUACACAACAAAUUGCAUUAUUCUGUACCGGUGCUAUAUGGACUAGAUGGGCUGGAUUUGUUAUAAAGCCAAGAAACGUUUUGUUAGCCUCCGUCAAUUUCUUCUUGGGUGGUGUUGCUGGAUACCAAUUAAUUAGAAUUGUUCAAUUCAGACGAAAUGAAGGGGAUACUCCUGGUCAAGUAUUUGAUUAUAUUCUUAAUGGUGCCAAGGAACCAGUUGCACCAAUUGAAAAUAAAUCGGAUUAAAUAGAUUUAGCUAUAUAGUGUAUACUACUAAAUUAACAUCUCAUCGUCUUC